CCAAUCUCUUUCAACAAACCCAGCUACAAAAACCCACCUUUGCUCUCCAUUCUCUUGUCACUCAGGCAUUCGCACAAACCCUUUUCUAAAGAAGCGUUUCGUUUUUCACUAACAUGACCAGACCUCAACAGCGAUACAGAGGUGUGAGACAAAGGCAUUGGGGCUCUUGGGUAUCUGAAAUUCGUCACCCACUAUUGAAGACUAGAAUUUGGCUAGGCACUUUCGAAACGGCUGAAGACGCUGCAAGAGCUUAUGAUGAAGCAGCGAGGCUCAUGUGUGGACCGAGGGCUAGAACCAACUUCCCUUACAACCCAAAUGCGCCUCAAUCUUCAUCAUCCAAACUUCUCUCUGCAACUUUGACUGCUAAACUCCAUAGGUGCUACAUGGCCUCUCUUCAGCUGACAAAAUCAUCUCCAAAUGAGCCUCAAAAGGCACCAGUUUCACUUGCUGUCAAGUCCAAUGACAUUGCUGGGAGAGGAAGUGAAAUGGGUUCUUCACGGUUGCUAGAGAAGAGCCCAUUGUUAUCAGUGCAAGAGAGAAGCGAGUCCAGUGAAGAGCCAAACUGGUUUAUGAAGAAGAAAGUUCAAGUUGAAAGUAGCCAGCUGCAGUUCAAGCCUCUUGAAGAUGACCACAUUGAGCAAAUGAUUGAGGAGCUUCUUGACUAUGGAUCCUUAGAGUUAUCUUCAGUUUUACCAUCUCAGUCUCUCUAAGGCAGGCCAACAAAAUCUCAGUUCUUCUCUUCUGGUUCCAUUUUUCUGCUAAUUUAACCCUUUUCUUCGUAGCCUUUUUAGAGUCCCCAUUGAGUGUUAUAGGCUGCUACCAGCUCCACCAUCGCUGGUUGCUAGAUUUAUCUCCUAAGUGACCCUUGAAGAAGUUUAUGUACAGUGCAUUUAUGUUAUAAUAUAUGUUAUUAUUAUUA